GAGGAGCCCCCGGCGGUCCGUUUCGACUUUUUCGUCGGCAGGAGCGCCAAGGCUGGCACGGCCGAGGUGUGGACGCUGGAGAUCUGCGAGCUGGGCUUCAGCAUGCUGUGCGCCGAGAAGCUGCCCGACAAGGUGUUCAAGGCGAUGAUGCGCAGCUGCAUCGGCGGCGUGGAGGCCGAGACGCGCCUGCGCCAGGAGGCGCCCGCCGUGGAGGCGGCAGGCGCCGAAGGCCUCGCGGAGGCGGUCCUCGACGCGAAGAAGGAGGCGGAGGAGCCGGCGAAGAGCAAGGGCAGCGACAAGGCGAAGCCCGACGCGAACGUUCCCCCCGUCCUCUUCGUGAACGUCCCCAAGGUCGCGGGCGGCACGCAGGACCAGCAGAAGUGCACGGGCAAGUACGAGCUGGUCCCGAACAUGACGCCCAACGGGCACCCCGUGUGGAAGACCGCGGCGGGCGACCGAUGGUUGUACCACGGGACGGC